GUCCACUAGGCUCUGCAGUAUCAAUUGGCUCUUCAGCAUAAUUCUACAGAAUCUGUUGGUGACCACAAGCACAGAAUCCAUACGUGGUUGACCCACUAGCACUAGCCCCUUUAUUCCAAAACUGCAAAAUAAUCUCCACCACCACUUCUAUUUAAUCCAUAAUUCAGUAUCAAUAGGCUCCUUUUGCUAUACUGUAUCAGCUCUCAAAACUUUCUCAGAAGAAAACCUUUGUGAUCUUCCUGCUUAUUAACCAUGCUGGAAGGCAAGGCAGUGAUUGGAGAGACCGAUAUGCUUCAAACCAUGCAGCAGGAUGCUCUUGAUCUAGCUGCAAAAGCCCUCGAUAUCUUCGAUGUCACUGACGCUACUGAGAUAGCACGCUUCAUAAAGAAGGAAUUUGACAAAGCAUAUGGACCCGGGUGGCAAUGCAUUGUAGGAACUGAUUUUGGUUCGUUUGUGACACACUGCUCUGGCUGCUUCAUUUAUUUCUCCAUCGGCAGCCUUGCAAUUUUGCUUUUCAGGGGUUCUGCUGUUCCAGAAGCUGAGGCAAACCAGUUUGCUGCUUUAGAAACAGUGAAAGCAUAGCAUUAAUUUACAUUUGCAUCACUUCUUGUACCAACUUUAGUUGUGUAGUCCCGAAAUUAUUAUUUAUAAAAAUGAAAAGAAGCAAACAAGGAAGAGUUUCAACUUCAGCAAUCCAUGUUUUUCCCUUCUACUUGCCGUUAAUGGCAAAGGAUUGUGCAUCAGAAGUUUGUCCGAAUCAGGUACUGUUAGGUAGAUGAUUACAAACAUUUAUUCGUCUUCAUACUUUAUGGAGAAAUCAAACAUAAAUUCCGGGCCAAGAAAUCCAUGUUU